UUUUAGCCAGGAGAGCAUCUUCUUGCAUGUCCCUCCUCAUUACCGCACAACUGGGACAUCACUGUUCUUGUACAAUAAUUAAAGUAAAUAAUAACAUUCUGUACAAUAUCGCAGCUGCAUGUGCCCUUCCCUAACCAGGGAGCUACGAGAGAUUCAAGAUAUGGCAAGAACCUAGCUGUUAUCACUACGAGAAUUUGAUGUCAUACUCACUUAUAAAUCACAAUAAUUUCCCGUGAAUAUGUCCCUGUCACCCAUCAAAGAAGACGCUCAGAAUAGCUGGUCAAAGAAAGAUAUGACAAAACAAAUGGAUGGGGCAUAAAUCCGCCACGUUGGAACGGAAGGAAAAUAUGUGCCCGAACAUGUUGAGGAGGUGGUCAUUGGACACUGGUUGUGAGUAGCGUCCGAUCAGCACCAUCACAACAACAGCUCCGUGACCCGGCACCACCACCGCUGCCGCUCAGGCAUUGAGGCGGUAUGCAGGAUAUGGGUGCAUCUAUAGUGAAUCUGCAGAGUUUAUUGCUGAAUGUUAUACACAAGAACAGUCGUAGACAGUAUACGGGAUUGUGUCACUAAUAGCCAGUUGCAGCUUCAGCUUCGGCAGUGAGCGGAAUGACUCAGUUAAUUUGCAGUCAACAUUGGUCAGGCUGAUUGGUCUACAGUUGCUGGAGUUCCUCUUUUCCCAUUCUUUUGGAUGGGUGUGAUGUUGGCAGUGUACUAGAGCAAAGACAAAAAAUGACAAAAAAAAAAAGUCAAAAAGCCCCAGGCAGCUGCUGGGAGUGACCUGCCUGGGGAGGAUGAUGUGGGCCCCAGCUCUCCCCUCCUUGAUGACUUUGAUGAGGAGCUGUGCAUGGAGCUGGAGGAGGUUGGAAAGGAACUUGACCGCUAUAAAGCUGAGUCAUCAAGAGUCACUGAUUUUGAUCAGAGAGAACAUCCCUCUAUAAUGGAAAGAAUCUCCUCAUCCCCUCCCUUGGAGGGCAUGCCUCAGGGAGAACCUGAGGCAACCCAACUCACCAGCUUGUGUGCCACUACUACAAGGAUAGCUGAGACCGAGACAGUGUUAGAAGAUGCGUUUCCAGCUGCACCAGUCAGUGGUGUCAACCCUGAGAUGAGGGAGGUGAGUGAGGAGGAGAGUGAGUAUCAACUGAAGGCACUCAGCUCCCUCAAAGCCUCUCUGGUUGCCAAACUCAAGAUGAUGGUGACCCACAAGACAAAUCUUGCUCGGCAGAAGGAUUUUCUCUUGAAAAGUUUUGAUGGUGACAGAGCCAAACUCAGUAAAAAUCUGUUAAAACACUUAUCUCAGUGUAAGGAAGUAGAUGUUCAAAUACAGAGUCUUAAUGCACAAAUUACAAUGACAAGAAAAAAAAUUAUUGCUUUAAAAAGUGAAAAACACCUGGAAAUAAAAAACAAAAAAAAUAGGAAAGAUGGCUCUCUUAUAAAUGAGAAACAUUUACUACAAGUUCCCAAAGAUUUAUCUGUUAAGACAGAUGAAUUGUGUGGAAGUAGUAAUGGCAGGCCAACAGAGGACACAUUGGGAACCAUAGAGAAGGAAGAGGAAACAAAGAAAGUUGGUGCAGAGAGUAGCAAUGGUUCUCAAGAUGGUAAUCAGAUUGAUGUGAGACAUGGCUCCAUGCGCAGUGACACUUGCAACACUUCCAAUCAAGAUGGUAAUCAGACUGACGUGAGACAUGGCUCCAUGCACAGUCACACUUGCAACACUUCCAAGAGUCUGCCAUCACCAGCAGAACCACAGGAAGCUAAGAAAGAUGAAUGCUUGGCAGUGGAGAAAAUAGCGAGCACUCUCGCAAUGCACCCUUCCUCUAAGAACAUGAACACUUUGUGGUGUAAGACUUGUAACCUGUUCCUCACCAGCAUCACUGGAUACAUCAAACACCUAGAGCUGCCAGAGCACCUCACUAAAGAGCAUGAGGGUGAACAUUGCCUGCACAAGCUGCUGAACUGCCCCAAGAAGAUGCAAGAGAAAGGUGGAGGCAACACCCAAAAGGCACUUGGAGUAGAGUUUGUACAGUCAACAAAACUGAUCUACUGUAGCUUAUGUGAGUGCCCAUUAUUAACGAGAGAGGAGGCCACUAACCACUCCCAGUCUCUCCAGCACACCACCAAGUACAAGGAAUAUAUAUUGAAGAACACAAGCAAAGAAUUGGCCUUUCAGAAAGCCAAGAUGGAAGCAUUCACUGAGUACUGUAAGAGGAGAAAGGCCACCAUGAAGGACAAAAAGCAAAAACCAGACAGUAAGAUUGAAGACUCCAACAGGAAGGCAAUUCCUAAGGUUGAUGAAAAUGAGAGCAAGGCAGAGGCAGGGCUCAGGAGGACUGAACUACUGAAAAUAAAAAUUCCUAAUGAGAAGAAAGGAUCAUGGCCACAGAGUGAAAAUAAUUCCAGUGGUCUUCAGGAAAAAUCAAAAGAAGGUAUGAAGUUGAUCAAAGAAGGUCCAUUAAUGCCUCAGAAAAUCAAUGUGAAUAUCAAGACAGAAAAGAGUGUUGUGGGAGAAGGCAUCAAGAGGGCUUUGGAAAAUCCAGCAGUGAACAAGCGACAAAAGAUUAUCAAUUGACAAGUCAGACUGACAACUUGUAAAGCAAUCUGGAUCAUUAUGAUAUUACUACCUUUAUUGAUUCCACUAUUGUAAUCCAUCUUUCAGGAACUAUUGGUUCUUCCAGCAGCAGUAUUGAAAAGUAAGGUGUGUGUGUGUGUGUGUUUGUAGAGACUUACCAUGUGAAGCACAGCUGUGAUGUUUCCCUCCAUCACAGCGUAUACUGGAAAUGUGAUUCAUGAUAAAAAACAACAGUGAGGCUGCAAUAUGUAUACCCAGAAUUGCAAAAUACCUGAUUAGCUGCCAGGAAUGACAACAGCUGUUCUCAGUGUUCUUGUUAGUGUCAGGACUAGUUGCUCAAGUAAUGUCAACAAAAGAAACGAAUUUAAAAUCCCUUUCCUUCAAGACUGAGAUUCCUUACAAUGAACAAGUUAUCUCACCCUCAGAGUUCUUCCUUGUCACUGUGUCUACAGUCUAGUCCAAUUUGUCAAUGGGCCUCUUAAGAGUUGAUUCAGUUUCACUUCCUUACCAUGUCCGUAGCUAAGAGUGUUGAAUCUAAAGGACUUAAUAUGUUUGCCUGUUUUAUUUGUGAUUUUGCUACUUUAGCAAACUAUUGCAGGAUGUCAUCCCUCAAGACUUAAUGUUUUCAUUUACACACAUACAUAUGGCUGAAUAGGAUUGCUAGCCUUCCACUCCCACCAGGCUGCAAGGUGACAACUUGAUCUAAUUUUUCACCUACUCUCUACUAAUUGAACAGGAGCACAGUAUGGCAGGAGACAGGACCAAAUUGUUCCUGUCUACCUAAAGUCUGAAAUCCAAGUUCUCUUGCCUGUGAGCUGAAUGUGCCAAUGACUAAAUCACUAAGCUGCUGAAUUUCUCAAUGGUUUCUAGCACAAGAGGAUGUUUUCCCACAUUUUAUGCUAACUAAUUCACCAUGUUGAUAUGUAGUAGUUUAAGACAAGCUCAUAAAAACUUGUCUUAAUGCAUUGCUCUUAUAAAACAGUACACUACUGUAUUCAAGCUUUACAUUAGAAAAACAUUGCCCUCCUAAUCAUCAUGAAUCAAAUAUUCUUGAACUCAUUUGUGCAACUUUAUUUAUAGCACUUAGUUAUCAUUCCAUCUUCAUCAACUUUUCAUUUGUUGCCCCAACAUUACAUUAUUGGAAAGAUUUACGUACCAUACAUAAAUUUUCUCUGACAUUUCUUUUCUUUUCAUACUUUAUUAAAUGUAGCAACUUAGGAUGGUUUGCCAACAUGGAAGGAACACCAAGUAGGAGAGUGUGUGUACAUGGGCAUAACAGAUGCAAUGGGUGUAGUAAGACAGUCUCCAUUAAAGUAGGAAGACAGAGUGGAAUUGGAAUUUGGAUGGACAGGAAUAAAUGGAGAAUCUUCUCUCUUAACUUCUUCCUUAUGACAACAUUUAGGAACUUGCAUCAGAUGUAGAUCAACAGAUUCAUUCAAGCUGAGGAAGCUUUCAAAACCUCUCAAAACUUCUUGAAACACUCACUUACUUGAAAUAAUUCUAAAAAUUGACAGCAUUUGGUUAAUCAUCAGGAGAUCCACAAUCUGUAGACAGUGAUAGAUUAUUCUUUCUGUUACAAGAUCUCUCAUACCUUCUCAUAUAAUGCUGCCAGUCAUACCAAAAUGACAUCUCUGAAGAGACAUUUAUCAGUUUGGUAAGCUUCAGGUGCCUGUAAAUCUGCUCAUUAUCAUAUCAAUUUUCUUUUCAGUCUUUUUCUUGUCUUUGUUCAUUAUUGUUGUGUUCAUGCUUUGCCUUACUGUUUUGAGUCCAUCACAGUUGUACAGCCAUGGCAGCAAGACCUGGUGUUGUUUAUAAAGUGACCCUAAUAUGAUCCUAAUUAUGUGUUCAUUUAUUUUGCAAUAAGAAUCACCAGCAUCAGGUAAUCCUACCACAAAUUCGUGAUUGGAAAAUUAAGCUGAUGAUUUGCUAUCAUAUCUUGUUUCUGUUUUAUUUUCCACUACCAUCACCUGUUUAACCUUCAGGAUGUAGCAUAGACCAUUCCUAGUGUCUUGCAUUCCCUGCUCAGUGAACCAAGUUACAGAGUUUUAAGGAAGCAAGCUCAUAGUGUCCUCUAGGUUGGGGGAUUCAAACUUCAUAGCUUUGAGUGUUUGGCAUUGUGUGCUACUCAUUGCACCAACAAGCUCUGUAUUUUUAUUUUGUAAGAUCAGGAUUUCUGAAGACCAUUUAACAGGAAACAUCUUUAUAAUUUUACAAUAAUGUAAACAACUGUAGUCGUCCUGGUAUCACCAUAUUUUGUCCAAUUAAGAUGCACAUCUUAACCAUUUAAUAGUUAUUUUGUUUGUCCAUUAUAUAUACAGUUUAGUUAUCCUAGUAUUUGUUCAUUACUAGAAAUUAUUGAUUAUUCCUCUUGAUUUUAAGAACAUGAGAACUGAGAUACCUACAAAAGGUUAAUUCACCUUACUGAAGGCAGCUCCUAACAGUACAUAGUCAAUGAUAAAGCAUGUAUAGGGCAUAUGUAGCAAUGGCAUUUGUAGAUUAUAAGGUGUUGUAUUAUGAUGCAUGAAGAGCAGUAGAUAUUGAUAAUAUACAUAAUAACUAGUGUCUGUUUCAAUGCCUUAAAGUUUCAGAUGAGGUUGCUCAACUUGUGUGAUGGGUGGGUCUGGUGUGCUGUGCUGCAUUCAUAAUACAGUGUACAGAUUUAGUAUCAAUGAGAAAACAUGGUGCUGUAACUUCAUAAGUAAGAAUGCUUACUCAUUAUAUGCUGGACAUAUACAACUGUGGUUGAUGUUAUAGGAAAUUCAAACCAUUUUAAUCAUUACCAUUGUGUUCAGAGUUGUUAUUCAUUAUAGUGAUGAUGUAGGUGACAUGAACUUUUUGCUGAGUACCUCAUCCUUCCUUCUUGGCCAAAUAUACCAUGUUCCUACAAAUGGCCUCUCCUCUCCCAGCUGGGUAAAUGUUAGCUUUUCCUCCAUUCAUUUAUAAAGCCAUUGUUUUGGUGACUUCCUUACAGAGUUAAUCCUAACACCCGUGCCUGUCAUUCCUGAGUCACACACACCUCAGUACAUGGAGUACUGAAUUUUAUUACACUUUCAGUUGCUUUUUCAUAUACUUUCUUUUUAUUAGCUGUCCACUGUCAUAGCAACAGUGUUUUAUUGUAUUCUGUUUUGCAUUUCUUAGCUGUCAUAGCUAGCCCUUCUUGUGGUUUAUUUAUUGUUAGUAUUUUUAUUUCUACACUGAUUCGUACUGAUGGCUCAUGGUUUCCUCAGUUGUGGUAUAUAUAUCCAUAUGAUAAAAAAUAAUCUUUUGUAAAACCUCAUAUGGCACAAAAAUUUUCUUUAAUUUCCCCACCUACUUAUUACAUACAAUACUAACUUUUAGCUGUGAUAUGCACUGUAUCUGUUCAGCUCAACUCUCAGUGUCCUGAGCAGUGUAGGAAUCAGGAAUCUCUCCUUAAACAUUCUCACUUGUGACAUGAGUGUACAGAAAAUACUGAGCUUUAUGGCUUUGGAAGUUUAAACUGUAAACAGUAGAACUGAAUCUUGCUCACUUAAAACAAUUUGUUGACAUUUAUUGUUGCCAGUACACACAUAGUAGUGUAUGAAGGGAUGCAUUCAGUACAAGGUCACAGAUUUCAUGCCAGUCAGUCAUAAUAGAAAUUAAAAACAGGUGUUAUUUUCCAUAUGUUGCAGAGUUAUAUAGUUUACCAGAAUUUCAUACACAGUAAUUUUAUAUAAUUAAAUACAAUGAUAUGCAAUAAAUUGACUAAUUAAAUUGUCUUAGGAGAAUGUGAAUUUAUCAGUUUGGCCUCAGUUAUACAGCAGAAUUAUAUAUUAACAAGAUAACCAGCUUAAAGAAAGUCACCAAGAUAACUAUGUAUUGAUGCUGUGUUACUUUUGAUGUGGCAUAAGGCGAGUGUACACCAAGGCAACCCUCUCAGCUGGCAAACAUGUUAUGGGUGUAGUUGGCUUAAAAUAGUAUUAAGGACUUUCAUAAUCCUUUAUAACAUUUAUUAACCAAAUAAUAUAUGUACAAAUUAAACAGCCAUGUUUAAGGAAUUGUAAAGUAUGUAUGGAAGUACUGUUAGUCAAUACAUUUUGUACCAAAGAAA